GUGGAAUCAGACCCCUCAGGUUCAUACGUACUUCGGACAUACGUAUCUACACCCACACACUCCAUGGAAUUACAGAAGAGAUGCAGAGUAGCCGUGUCCCCAUGCCCUCUCCCACACAGAUACAGAUUAUCAUGACUAGGUCUGUAUGACCGGCCCAAGCAGAAGCCCUACACUCCCUCUCAAAGAUGCUUUGCACAGUGCUCUUCCUAGACGGUAGUGUGAGGGAGUGGAACCUACCGAGUAGUGCUAUUGGCCAGGAGCUUUUUGAUCAAGUAUGUGACCACCUCAACUUACUGGAGAGAGAUUAUUUUGGCCUGGCCAUCUUUGACUCACCAAGGACAAAGACAUGGCUUGAUGUUUCUAAACAAAUCAGCAAGCAGUCCAAAAGUAUACAUGCCCAGUUUGCUUUCAGUGUGAAGUUCUACCCUCCAAAUCCAGCUCAGCUAUGUGAAGAUCUAACCAGAUACUUGCUGUAUCAGCAGAUCCGUCGGGAUCUUUUAACCAGGCGGUUGCCAUGCCAGUCAGUGACUCUGAUUGCACUGGGCUCGUAUGUCCUCCAGUCAGAGUUCGGCCCAUAUGACCCAGAUCGUCAUGGCGACACAUACACCAACAACCUGUACCUGGCACCCAAUCAGAAUGAAGAGCUGCUGAAGAGAAUGAGGGAGCAACAUGCCACCUAUGGUGCUAUGUCACCUGCUCAAGCUGAUCUCCUGUUCCUGCAGAAUGCUAGUCAACUUCCUAUGUAUGGAAUAGACCGUCAUCCUGCCAAGGAUUCAGAUGGAGAAGAUGUCGUCUUAGGCGUGAGCUCAGAGGGCAUACUCUUAUACCGAGAUGAUUUGGUGGAGAGCAAAUACCUCUGGCCCAGAGUUCUGAAGAUCUCAUACAAGCACUCCAAGUUCUUUAUCAGAACUCACCCGUCAGAGGGAUCUGUAUGGACUCUAUGUUUUACCUUGGCCAGCAACCGUGCAUGCAAAUCCCUCUGGAAAGUAGCUACAGAGCAUCAUAGCUUCUUCAGGCUCCCAUCUGUUGAAAUCUCCCGCAGACGAUUACUGGCUUUGAGUUCUCAAUUUCGUCAUCGCGGACGCACGGAAGCGGAAUCUCUUCAGGCCAGUUCUGAAAUAGCCCGGCCCAAUCCAGCUUUUCCAAGAAAACUCACAGCAAGAUCCACUUCGUUGGAUAUCCUCUCCCACACAAGCCAGCCUGAGCCUGACUGGUUCCUGAUGUUGGAUUCUAUUCCCCCGAAAGCCAUCUAUACCAAAGGUUUCGAUGAGGAGCUGGUGCUGGCAGAUGACUGGAAGCAGGAGUCAGACGACUGGCUCUUAUUCCAAGACCCAACCAAAACAACCAUGAUGCCCCUAUUAUAUAAUGCUGAAAUAUCCCAAGAGGACCUGGAACAGGAUGCUGAAGACACCUUUGAUGGUAGUGUGGAGGGAGAGCCACAGGAGGAGGAGGUCAUGGAGGUCGGAGCUGAAGAUGAGGAGUUCAUGGAGGAGGUAGCAGAAGAUGAGGAGUUCAUGGAGGAGAGAACAGAGGAGAUACAACAGGAAGGAGAGAUACUGGAAAUAAGACAAGUGAAGGAAGUGAAGAUUGUACGGAAAAUAACGCGAGAAGUCAGGACUGCGGGAGGUCAACUGAAAGAAAGUAAAGACUUAGAAAUCGUAGAGGGGAGAGAUGAGAGAGAAGCCUAUGAGUCUGUAAACGACAGACUGAGGGAGGGUGGGACUUUGGACCAAAGACUAAAGGGAAUCCGUAUACCAUGGAAAGAUGUGCAAAGAGAUGAUUGGUAUAUCUGGUUUGAUAAGCAACCACCUAUGUUUUACUCAACAUCUGCAGCGAAACAGUCCCGUAUAUUGGACCAACAGCAAGAGUUAGUUGCUCGCAUUACACAACUAGAAGGAUUGGACAUUUACAGUGAAGCAGAGCAAGAAUGGGAAAUUGUGGAGGAGCCGCAAGAAAAAAUAGUGGAAGAAGGAGAGCUGGAGGGAGAGACUGUGGAAAUACGACGGCAAAAGUUCAAGAUUAUAAGAAAACGAAUGCAGGAGGUCAUGACGGAGGAAGAAGAGCUCUCUCUUCAAGAGGAAAUGGUGGGUGAGAUACGGCAGCAGAUAGAAGCCAUUCAGGAGCACUUAGAGGAGCUGGUGGAGGUAGAGGAGCAGCAGCUGGAGCUGGAGGUUUUGAAGGAAGAGCUACAACAUGUCGACCUCUUGGAGUACAAAGUACAGCAGAUGGAACAGCAAACGAGUGUGGAAACAACAGAAGAUGACUGGUUUAUCCUACUGGACAAGCCGCCAUAUAUUAUCCAUAGUGCACCAUUAGCAGUACAGACCAGGGUGGAAGAGGGAGAGAAGGAGACCCUGGAGAUGGCCGAGAUGGCUCAGAGAACAGAGCAGACCGUGUUCAGUACAACAGAGAGAUCAGAGGAGACCGUGUUCACCACAACGCAGAGAACAGAGAAGACCAUAUUCAUCACAACGCAGAGAUCGGAGGAGCGGGUGGUGGUUAAAGAAGGGAUGGAGGGGAGCAUCAUCAUCACUGAGCCAAUCACAUUACAGAACAAUACUUACUCCGUGCGGGACAUUGAUGAUGAUUGGUUCCUGCUUUUGGAACCAGUCCCUCUGGAGGUUCGGGUAACAGUGGGAGAUGUGGAGCCCUAUGCAGCAGGGCCCGUCUAUGAGCCUGAAGAAGAGAUAGAACUGGAGGAAGUGGCCAGUGAUGAAGUCGUUGUCACAGAGGAUAAAGCUGAGGGUCCGGAUGUUUCCGAGACCACUGCCGAACAAAUCGUAUUAGAGACGACAGAGCCAGUGGUCCAAUAUAUUGAGGAUGAUUGGUUCACAGUUUUUGACCAAGUUUUUGUGCCAAUGAAGACCCCUCCCCCAGUUGUGUGGGAGACUCUGGAAGGCCCUGCUGGCAUCAGCAUCAGCACCAUCUCCGUGGAGAUGAAGGAUGAGGAGGAGAGAGAUGAGGAGAUGAUGGAGGAAUGGACACAAAGACCUGAGCCAGAGGUGCUGGAGAUUAGCAGAGUGCAGGAGCCCAUGCCCACAUUUGCCCCCAGAGAGGUGGAGGAUGACUGGUACUCUCAACUGGAAAUUCCUCCUAGAGAAACAGUGAGAGUCAUUGAGCCCUACACAAUGGAAACCAGAAGAGAAGUGGAGGUCUACCAGUCUGAGGAAGGGACAUCAUUCGAAAGUACGACCGUAAUCACAAAGCAGACGACUACCCUCGUGACCAUCACAGAGGAGAGAAGAGAGAUGAAAGUGACUAUUACGGAAGAGAGAGACAUGUAUGCUGAAAGCCCUGGAGACUACAUCACAUUAGAGGUGAAACCUCCCGUUGCAGUUCGACACAUUGAGGAUGACUGGUUCGUACUGUUGGAACCGAUCCCAGAGGAAAUUAAGCCCUCGCCUGCAGUUGUGUGGGAGCAAGAACAGGCUCUUCCAGCGGAGGAGCAGAUAGAUGCAGAAAGGAUGGUGAGGACGGAGAAGAGGAUAGAAAUACAGGAGCGAGUGAUGGUGGAGGUGAAAGAGGUCCAGCCAGUCGUCCAGGAGCAGAGAGCCACAUAUACUCCCAGAGAGGUGGAGGAUGACUGGUACACCCUACUGGAAGUUCCUCCCAAAGAAACAGUGUGGGUCACCCCAUAUGCCGAGGAGACUCAGGUAAGAGAGAGAGAGGGAGUGGAGAAGACCGUGAAGAGAGUGAGGAUUGCAGAGGAGAGAGUGGUGAUCAUAGCAGACUUAGAAAAACCUGCACAGGCACCUGCUGUGGUCAUUCAGGAACCAUCAGUGAUUCCACGGGACAUUGAAGAUGAUUGGUUCUUAUUCAUGGAAUCAGUUCCUCGACCUACAGUUUCAGUCGAGCAGAGACUACUGAGAGAGAGAGAAGAGGUGGGGACCACUAUGAAGAGAUUGAAGAUUGAGGAGAAAGUGGAGAUCAUAGCAGAGAGAGAAGAACCUGCACAGAGGCCUGCUGUGGUCAUUCAGGAACCACCAGUGGUUCCACGGGACAUUGAAGAUGAUUGGUUCUUAUUGAUGGAAUCAGUUCCUGUGGAAGUUAAGACUCCACCUCCAGUCACUUGGGAGCAAAUGCAGCCUCCUCCAGAUGUCUCUAGAGUGACCGUGGACUCAAGGGCAGAGAAAGAGGAAGAAAGGAUCAGAACGGAGGAGAUGAGAGUGAUGGAGAUAGACGUGAAAGGAGUCCAGCCAAGCGUUCAGGAGCCAACCCCCACCAUUACUCCCAGAGAAGUGGACGAUGACUGGUGCCCUCUACUGGAGGUCCUUCCCAGGGAAACAGUCGACGUGAAAGAGGACGAGAUGAAAACAGUGAGGCGGGAGGAGAGAGUCACUGAGCGGGUGACCGUCAUAGAAGAACAGAGGGUCGUUAUUGAGAAGCCCACGGUGCAAGUCCAACCACAGAUACAACAGCCAGUGGUUGUUCGUGAGAUUGACGAUGAUUGGUUCACACUUUUGGAUGCCGUUCCUGUGCAAGAACGUUCUGUUCCAUCAGUCGAGAUAAAGAGACCUGUGGAAGUCUCUGAGACAAAAGUGGUGGAGAGGCCGAGACCAGAGAAGGAGAGAAUUCUGGAGAAAGAAAGACUUCGAGAGCAGGAGAUACAGAGGGUCCCACAGAAAAUAUUUGUGGGUGCUCGGGAAAUUGAAGAUGACUGGUUCACGUUUUGGGACAAAACUAUUCUGCAUGCAGAACCCAGCCCUGCAGUUGUGUCCAAGCCUGAGGAGCGGAGAGCUGUGGAGAGGGAGAGGACUGAGAGAGGAAGAGGAAGAGAGGGAGAGAGGGUGAAAGAGGAAGACAUGCGCAAGAGAGUUACGAUCACAGAGGCAAAGCGUGUGACAGUAGUACAGGAGAGAGCACCACCAGCUGUUCGCCACAUUGACGAUGACUGGUACAUACUGCUGGAUAAGGCUGCUGUGGAAUACCAAGCUCCCCCUAGAGUGACUCCCGUCAUCCCCCCCACCCCUGCCAAGAGGCCUGUUCCCGUAGACCAGCCCCUGACCUCCACCCCCACCACACAUCCCGCCCCCGUCAUCAAGUACAUCCCCGAGGUGGAGAAGCGGGAGACUCGAAUCAUAGUGGAGGAGAAAGUAAAGGAGGAUGAGGAGCUGACUCUUAUCAGGAGGAAGACAGAGAGGAUCGAGGGAGAGAACAUCUACAUCAGACACAGUAUUCUCAUGUUGGAGGACUUUGAUGUGACUCAGGAGGUGGUGUUGCGUCACCGUGCCAGCAUCAACGAGCUGAAGCGAGUUUUCCUGGAGGCAGAGCCGGAGUAUUAUCUCAGCGAAUGGGACAAACACUUGUCAAUCUGUCACCUGGACACCCACACACAACUCAUUAGCAUGGAGGAGUGGUCGAGAGAAAGCCUGUCUAUCAUGUAAGGAAACUCAAAUGCUCAAGGAUCUUCUAAUCAACCGAUCUGAUGCCAUGCAAGGGAUCCUUCAUCAGCCAGAGGCUUGAUUCUAGCGAAGGAUUCAACCAUUAUUACUUCAUCGUUUUUAGAUAUUAUCUUGUUAUUGAAAUUAUUUCCAUAGUUUUUUAUUGUCUGUCUGAUGACUUUCAUUUACAAUUUGGCCUUUGUUCACCCUGGUAAUUCUAGAUAUUCUAGAUAAAUAUGCAGUAUUAAUAUGUCAAGUCAGUAGAAUUCAUAACACUUGAUGGAUCAAAAAUAAUUGAUUGGAAUGUGUGGGACUAUUUUUGCUCAUUGUCAAUUGAAAUUUACAAAUAAAUGAGGUGUUUUGGAGUAAAUUGAAA